UUUUGGCCUGCCCUUUCUCUUUAUUUUCUCAUUAACCAGGCAGAAGGUGAGAAACUGCCCAAUUUUUCUCGGCUUUAGCUCUCAAAAAAUAGUAGUAGAGAUACGAAGGGACGGCGAUGGCUGGUACAUCUGCGACUCAGUCGCAGUUCAUUGCGAGCACAGGGAAUCGGAGUUUCGCGAAUGCACCGUUGAUCGAGAGCGUGGAAAAUGAUCAGAUUAUCGUUCCUGAUAAGAAAAGCUGGAAAAACUUAUUUGCCUACAUGGGUCCAGGGUUUUUUGUUUCCAUUGCAUAUAUUGAUCCUGGAAACUUUGAAACGGAUCUCCAAUCAGGAGCACAGUACAAAUAUGGGUUACUUUGGAUCAUAUUAGUGGCUUCAUGUGCAGCCCUCAUCAUUCAAUCCUUAGCAGCCAACUUGGGGGUUGUCACAGGAAAGCAUUUAGCAGAGCACUGUAGAAAUGAAUAUUCGAAAGUGCCAAACUUUAUCUUAUGGGUUCUUGCUGAAAUUGCUGUUGUUGCAUGUGACAUUCCUGAAGUGAUUGGUACAGCAUUUGCAUUGAAUAUGCUCUUCAAUAUUCCAAUAUGGAGCGGUGUUCUUCUGACAGGGCUCAGUACAUUGGUUCUUCUAGCAUUACAGCAAUAUGGGGUCAGGAAACUUGAAUUAUUUAUGGCUUUUCUUGUAUUUACCAUUGCUGCAUGCUUUUUUGCGGAGCUUGGCUAUGCAAAACCCAAUCCUAAAGAAGUUUUGGAAGGGCUUUUUGUUCCCCAACUCAAAGGAAAUGGUGCUACUGGCCUUGCAAUUUCGCUCCUUGGUGCUAUGGUGAUGCCGCAUAAUCUCUUUCUCCACUCAGCCUUGGUGCUUUCGAGGAAAAUACCAAGAUCUGUUCAUGGCAUUAAACAAGCUUGCAGAUUUUAUUUCAUAGAAAGCGCCUUUGCGCUACUGGUUGCCUUUCUCAUUAAUGUAUCGAUUAUUUCUGUGAGUGGUGCGGUUUGCAAUUCCUCAACUUUGAACACACAAGAUCAAAUAAGCUGCCAGAACUUGGACUUGAACAAGGCCUCUUUCUUACUAAGAAAUGUCUUAGGUAGUUGGAGCUCAAAGCUUUUUGCAAUUGCUUUGCUGGCGUCUGGUCAGAGUUCUACCAUCACAGGAACAUAUGCUGGGCAAUAUGUCAUGCAGGGUUUUCUUGAUUUACGACUGGAACCAUGGAUUCGGAACUUCUUAACUCGAUGCCUGGCAAUAGUUCCUAGUUUAAUUGUUGCUAUCAUUGGUGGCUCUUCUGCGGCUGGAAAGUUGAUCAUUAUUUCAUCGAUGAUCUUAUCGUUUGAGCUUCCUUUUGCUCUCAUUCCACUUCUCAAGUUCACCAGCAGUAAGAAAAAGAUGGGUCCCUAUGCUAACUCCACUAUGGUAUCAGCAGUCACCUGGAUAAUUGGUUCUCUGAUCAUGUCCAUAAAUAUGUACUAUCUUGGAAGCAGCUUCCUGAAAUUGCUUCUCCAUAGCCAUUUAAAGUUAGUAAUUACCGUGUUUUGUGGAGUCCUGGGAUUUUCCGGGAUGUUGGUUUAUUUGGCUGGAAUUGCAUAUUUGGUAUUGCAAAAGACGAUGGCGACCACUCUUUUGGCGCUUACAACGCCAGAAGCUCAGCAAAUGGCCACUGAUUUGAGCAAUGCUUCACCGCAUCGUCUGCCAAGGGAAGAUAUAGUAAGCAUGCAGUUGCCUCAGAGGCCUGCGGUAGAUGUUGACUGAUGUAUUAUUGAGUUUGGGAGGUUCUUGAAAAAAGAAAGAAGCAGCCAUUUUAAGUUGGCGAUGUUGCUUUCUGGUUAUCCAUUUGAAAUUGAGUAGAUAACCUAAAUAAAGUUCCCCUCUUGUUUAUACUGGUGGGCUCCCUUGAGAGCACCCUGAAACCUUUUCCAUAUCCCAGCUCUGACGACUGCAAUUCAGGCUCGCUUCUGGCAUUUGACCAACCGAAAUGGUUGAAAUUUUACUGGAAAAGGUAUAUAAUUAAUACACACACACACACACAUAUAUAUAUAUAUAUAUAUAUAUAGCUUUGUAGUGAACAAUGAAGAAUUGUUUUAUUUACAUUUCAAUUAUCUUUCACUUAA